AAUAUCAUAUGUGUUAUUUUUUUUUUGGUUAUUUUCUACACGGUUAUGGAAUCAAUCUGAAUUAUACAUAUAAUAUUAGACCACAAAAAUAACACAAAAUAUGCUUCGGACAUUAUUUUCUGGAGCCGUCCGUACGGUCAAUCAGCUAGCUAAUCAAAACAUCGCAAUCGGCCCCAUCAAGCGUGGAUUUUCUUACCAAAUCUGUAACCAAUGGGCUAAUACAAAUUCCACACUUCUUUCUAAACUACCAUGCUCAGUUUCAACAAAUUUGUUAAAAGCCGUUGUGCCAGGAUUCAGUGCACCUCAACAGCAAACACGUUCGUUAACGAAAUUCUCGCUCAAUAAAGGGAAACGAAAAUCUGUAAAGGCUGUUCUUAAACGUUUUAAACGUCUCGAUUGGGGAAUCUGGGUACGCACUCAUACAGGCCGCAAUAAAAAAUUGUUUAAGAAAUCUCCCGAGCUGCGCAGAAGAUUACGUCAACACAUUUUCACAAAUUCAACACAGAGUUACAUGCUGGACAAAAUGGUUACUAGUUUUUGGCGUCGUCCGAAAUAUUACAUAGAUGACCCAUACACCCCAUACCAUAAAAGAGAUGAAUUCUUUGCAACAAAAAGUAAAACUUUUAAAGUUUAAAAUACUUUUGUGCAGACAUCUACAUUAUCAUUAGCUAUGUUUAUAUUAUAAAAUACAAAAUAAACAUUUGAAACAAAAAUCAGAA